AUGACAUACCCUACAGAAGCCCUGGUUGUAUAUGCCGCUGGGGAAGACCCCCGAUUUGGCCCUGUGACGCUGGAUAGCAUUCGGGACGAUGAGCUCCUGGUAGAAAUCCACGCGACGGGGAUCUGUCACACUGAUAUCGCUUGCAUGGAGGGAAAGCUCCCGGCUGGGUUUCCCUGUGUUUUGGGACAUGAAGGCGCCGGGGUAGUCCUGCAGGCAGGAAAGGGCGUAAAAGACAUCACCAUCAAUGACAAGGUGAUUCUCAGCUACAACUUCUGCAAAACCUGCGACCAAUGCGUAUCCGGCCACCCAGCGUACUGCGAAAACCUCGUCGCGCAAAACUUCGGCGGCAAGCGAAAAGAUGGAAGCAGAACCAUCUCCCUCCCUAAUAAUAGUGAAACAGAGGUGUUUUCCAAUUUCUUCGGCCAGAGCUCUUUCUCUCGCGUUGCCCUUGUUAGCCGCGCCUCGGUGGCUCGUGUUGCAGCAGAUACACCGCUUGAUAUAUUUGCUGCCUUGGGCUGUGGGGUGCAAACCGGAGCAGGAGCUGUGCUCAAUACCCUUAACGUGCGAGAAGGUGCCUCGGUGGCUGUAUUUGGUGUGGGGGCAGUCGGGCUAAGCGCUGUUAUGGCGGCGAAUCUCCGGGGGGCAAGAAUUGUCAUCGCGGUGGAUCUUGAGAAGUCGCGGCUAGAGAUGGCGCGGGAGUUGGGGGCUACCAAUACACUGGUAGGGGGCUCAGGGAACAUUGUGCAGCAGAUCCAGGAAAUCUGUGCUCCGUCCAAAGGCGUGCAGUUCGCGGUUGACUGCUCGGGGGCUACGCAGGUGAUAGAGACGAUGUUGGAUUCAUUGGCACCCCGUGGACGCGCUGCUAGUGUUGGUGCACCUGGGCCAGGCAAGAGAGCAGGCGUGGAUGUCUUCUCUCAUAUAACGAUGGGGCGGGAGUAUGUAGGUUGUCACCAGGGGUCAAGCGUUGCUGAGCAGAUGAUUCCGUACCUGAUCGAGCAAACCAGACAAGGCAAGUUUCCUAUGCAGAAGCUCAUUACAUUCUAUCCGGUUGAGCAGCACCAGGAGGCAUUUCAAGACCUGAAACAUGGGCGGGCAAUAAAGGCAGUUCUACGCUGGAAGCAGACGAAGUGA